GUGCAACUGGCCAGUUCUACACACGAGGAGCGAACGCGCGGUCGCGAUGCGAGAAAAAACGAUGAUUAAAAACGAAUACGAACCACAUGAAAAUACAAAUUAAAGCGCCAUUUUAAAUUUAAAUUUGGAAUAUUAUUUCUUCAUUCGAAUUUUAAAUAAAUUUGUUUUUAAAAUUAAAAAAUAAUCGCACGGCACUCGAAGCAUCUUGGCCAGACGAAGGAUGUGAACUUUUUUUUGUAAUAUUAUUUGUGCGCCUUCAAAGGAAUGUGGUUUUAGUGUCCAUGCAAAAAGAACGUGUGUUGUGUGAGUUGUUUUUAUUGUUUCGAUGAGUGUGGAGCGAGCCCUUUGCUAAUAGUCAGUGUUGUGUAAAAAUAAGUUAUUGGAAAAGACUGAAUCAUGUGGACCCUUCUGUUGGUAGUGGCGCUAGUGUCGACCGCGCGUUCAAAACAAAUUUAUUCCGCUACCGAUCUGAGGACAUCAGUGGGCACGGCCACAGACUUGACGACAGAGUGGCCGUACGCAAAGGCGCCACUCGACAGGCUCGCCGUGGCGUGCGAGCGGGACAACAUGCAUGUCACUAUCUCCCUCGCGUCCACGGAGCCCGAAGGCAACAGUAUCUAUGAUACAUUCAACGGGAUAGUAUACCCCGCCGGGCUGGGCAGCAAUUCGUCCUGCUUACGGGAGUAUAUCUCCGCACAAGGCGACCUGCAGUACACGCUGCCUCUGAAGGGCUGCAAUACUAUGGCCACUGAUGACGAGGACGGCACAGUGGAGUACUACAACAACAUAAUAGUGCAGCCCCACCUGCGGCUGGUGACAGGCCAGGGGCGCGGUUACCACGUGCGCUGCCGAUACCGCCGCCGCGACCUCACCAUGUUCCAUCUGCAUCGACCUCACGCUGACAGACUCACGCAGCCUAGAGAUGGGUACAAUAGCGAAGAGUUUGACGAAGACUCGGGUCUACUGCCGUCGGUCACUAUGAAGAUUUACAAAGGAGACCCUGAGGACAAUGAGGUGGCGUCUAACGUGCGCAUUGGCGACACGCUGACGCUGUUGGUGUCGCUGGAGAAGCAGCGUCGCUUCGGGCUGCUGGUGUCGGAGUGCGCGGUGCGCGACGGACUGGGCUGGGCCGAGCAGAAUCUCAUCACUGACGACGGUUGUCCGCUGGAUGGAGAGAUAAUGGGCCAGUUCCAGUAUUCGCGCGAGCGGCAGGAGGCGCGCGUGUCAUUCCCCGCGCACAAGUUCCCCUACACGGCCAGCGUCUACUACACGUGCGAGGUCAAACUUUGCGACCUCAACCACCCCACAGACUGCAAACCGUGUGCUCACAAGAAGGGCAAGCGUUUGCGUCGUCAGUCGGAAGAGGGCGCGCCCGCCACUGUCGAGGUGUUCUCCGGACUGUACGUCAACGAGGCGGACUCGCCGGAAAAUGAUGAAGUCACCAGCGAAAAGAAAGAAGACGAGAUCUGCAUAUCGCAACGCAACUUUGCGAUCGGCAUUUGCAUCGCUGGCGUCAUUCUUAUGAUCUGCGUGAUCGCCGCCAUUGCGUUCAUACUCGCGCGUCGGCGCAACCCCAAGACGUACUCUCGCACCGGCAGCUCCCUCUACAGCGGCCCUUAUACAAACACCGGCUACUCGCAUACAAGUUAAAUAAAACAUCGAAUUAGAUUAUCGUGUGAUAUUAUUAGUUCUAUCAAAACUAUACAAAGUUCUCUUUUGACAGCUUAACACAAUGUUAAUCGAUUUAGGAAUAUUGAAAAUCGAUUUUCGAAAUGGAUUGAUGACAGCUGUCAAAAUGGGGCUUUAAUAAUGUUUUGUAGGAAAUUGUAUUCUUAUUCCAAUUGAUAUUUAUUUUUUCCGUUUGAAUUUUUGAAUUUGGAACGAUGAAAUUCGGCAAAUUCCAUUAUUAGGAUGAUAGUCUACGAGAUUUAACUGCCGAAAAUACGAACAAAAAUAUAUUGCUAUCUCAACAUUUUUUCAUAGAGAAGAUGAGACAAUAGAUAUCACGUGUGAUUUGGAAUGUGGUUAGUGAGUUUUUUGUAUGUGCUACGGAAAAUAUAAUUCGAAUUACAUUAAGUUCAUAAAAUUGUUGUGUUCGAUAACAACGAUUCAGUCAUAUUAUAAGUACUUAGUGAUUUACCAAUAGUUUAUUUUAAGGCUUAAUACCAUGAUAUAAUAAACAUUUAAUAUUUAUAAUUUUUGUGAUAAAUGGUAGAUCGCAUAUAUCCGUCCUUGUACGAUUUUUUUUAAUUAACCUAAAAUAAUUAGAAAAGGUUGCCUUGCGUUACGUAAUAGAUACAAGAAUUAUUAGUGAUAAACAAAAAUAGCUGCCUUAUUUUUUUUUUACUAAAAUACAAGGCCCGCAAAGAAACUAAAAUAUUUACACUAUAGUAUUAGUGCAAUAUAACAGUGUAAGUAUUUUAGUUUUCUAUAAAAUAAUUUUAAGGUAAUACUGAUACAUGAUAUUUAUACUAGAUUUUUUUAGUCGGAAAUUAAUAAUUUUAAUAUUUUACAAAUGGGCCAUAGACAACUUCGCACGGUGGCGGGAACUGGUUUCUUUAAACGGUUUGCGGUCACUUCCACUUAUUCAUAGAGUAAUAAAAAAUAGAAUAGUCAAUCAUAACUCAUGUCAUUUGUAGAAAAUACCUAAAAAUUAAAAAAAAUUUUACUGUAUAAUUUCAUUGACGCGAUAUUUGUGACAUAUUUUAGUGUGUUUUCUUAAUGAGAAUAUGUAUUAAUAUGAGUGUGCAGUGAAAUUCUGCGGUUAUUCUGAACGUAAUUUACUCUGUGGAGCCUUAUUGCAGUAGAUAAAUUUCAUGGAUGCCAUAUUUUUAAGGUAUAUUUUUACUGUAGGAUAAACGGUGUACUGCCAUUCCGUCCAAUAUCGGUGCUAUAAUGUAUCUGGGCUUAUUGUUAAGGUAAAUUUACAUUGCUUUAUAUUCCUGUAACAACGAAUCUCGAUAUUUGUUUCAUAAUUACUCCAUUGUUGUAUUUUUUAGUUCAACUAACUACAUUUUUAAUAGUUUCUUAAUACAAUGGGGUUCUGGAACGAUAUCGAAUGUUUAAACUGUGUACGAAUUUUUUUUUAACAAAUAUACUGACUUCGAAAA